CUUGUCACGUUACCUCUCCACCUUACAUUCUCUCUCCCCUCCGUUUUAAACACAAUAAACCCCUCCACCACUUCACUCGUAUUCUCUCCCCUCCUCGUCGUCGGUGGUAUUUCCACAUGGAUUCCCAUCUCACCACCACCACCUCCGUCUCCCCCGCCGUCGUCACCGCAGAUCAUACACCGACAACCGCUUCCAUCACUCACACCCUCACUCUCAUCCACGACAACAACCAUGAUCCUUUUACCAAAAUCCAAGCCGCUAAAGAGAUCCGUCGCCUCACCAAAACCUCCCAGAGCUGCCGUCGUCAGUUUUCCGACGCCAUCGUUCCCCUCGUCUCCAUGCUCCGGUCUCCUUCCCUUGAAGCCAAGGCCGCCGCCCUCCUCGCUCUCCUUAAUCUCGCCGUACAGGACGAAACGAACAAGAUUAGUAUCGUGGACGCCGGCGCAUUAGAACAAAUUGUGAGUUUGUUUGAAUUAAAGAACACAAACAUGCAAGAACACGCCACAGCAUUAUUAGCGACACUUUCAGCAUCCGUCGCAAAAAGAUCGACAAUCGGAAAAUCAGGGGCGAUUCCAUUUCUUGUAAAGAUCAUUGACAAAGGAACCCCACAAGCUAAAUUCGACGCCGUUUUAGCACUUUCAAAUCUCUCAUCCGAAUCCGACAAUCUCAAAAUCAUCCUCGAAUCGAAUCCUAUACCUAACCUAGUACAAAUCCUUAAAACCUCAAAAAAAUCCUCGAAAAUCUCGGAAAAAUGCACCGCUCUUCUAGAAGCUUUAGUCGGUUUCGAAGACGGAAGAGUUGCGCUAACUUCGGAAGACGGCGGAGUGUUAGCAGUCGUCGAGGUUCUCGAACGUGGGUCCCCACAAAACCGGGAACACGCAGUGGGGACACUUUUAACUAUGUGUGAAACCGACAGGUGUAGAUAUCGUGAGCCGAUUCUGAAAGAAGGUGUCAUUCCGGGGCUCUUGGAGCUUACUGUUCAGGGAACCUUAAACUCCCAGAAGAAAGCGCACACACUCCUUCGAUUACUCCGAGAAUCGCCGUACCCUAGAUCGGAAAUGGAACCUGACACGUUGGAAAACAUCGUGUGCGACAUUAUUUCGCAGAUCGAAGGAGAAGAGCAAUCGGGAAAUGCGAAACAAAUGCUGGCGGAUAUGGUGCAAGUUAGCAUGGAGCAGAGUUUGAGACAUUUACAGCAACGGGCUUUGGUUUGUACGCCUUCGGAUUUACCGAUUGCUAGUAAUUGUGGCUCCAAAGUUUCUUUAAAAUACAACUGAUUUUUAUUUAUAUAUAUAUUUUUUGGGUUUUUUUUUUUGUUUUUGUUUUUAUUUUUAUUUUCCAUGAAUAUAUCAUGGAAAUUGUGAGAUUGGGGUGUCGAUGAUAGGG